GUUAGUGCUCAUACGCCCGUACUUGUUCACAGCAGCUCAGGGACUGAGGCACCUGUCAGACAGAGAAAGACUUUCCCCAUACACACACACACACACACACACUCAGUCACUGACUCUCCACUGAACUGCAUGGACUUUGCUCUGCUGGCUGGAAAGUGAUCACAGGCGGCGUGUAAAUUAAACAGAAGAAAGGCGAGAGAGAAACCUCAAGAAGAAGCAUGUCCAAAGAGGAGAAAAGAGCAGCUGUAAUGCAAACCACCAAAGUGCGGACCAAGCUGAAGGGAGAUGGCAGCUGGCUGCAGCGCACCAGUGAACCUCAGGCCGAACCUGAGGAGGAGGUGAAACCCUGGGUGGCAGAGGUGAGGGCCAACCGUGUGAAUGGAGCCCCCAUCGAGACCAGUGCAGGGCCUUCACCAACAAAGCCCGCGCUGCCGCCCAACAAGCCUGACGCUGCGAGAGCUCCAACGUCAGGAUAUCUGAUCAGAGGCAUUUUCACUAAACUGGACCAGAAGCCUGCAUCAUCGUCCACGACUAACGGCACAAGUGGAACGACGCAAUUCAACAAAAAAGCCUCGGAGAGCUACAAGAAAAUAGCCCCCCACACGGUGAGGCCCACUUCGGAGAACCAGGAGGGCCUUCUGAGCAAUGAGGAGCAGGAGAAACGGACGGAGGCAGCCAGCAAUGUUCUGAGGACAUCUGCAGUCAGGCAUCGGUCUUAUGUGCUCUCUGCUGCUAAGAAAUAUGAGUCGAUUGAAAAAGCCGCUGACACCCCGCUGGUCAACAACAAUGUAUCAUUUGUGGCUAAAAGGGUUGAGAUUGAAGAUGACGAUGAGGGCGCCACGACACCACCACCUGUCAGCUCCCCCAGCCCGACUCCUGCCAUCCCCGUCGCAUACGUUGCCCCCGCCCCGAUGGCCAGACCAAGGAGAAUUGCGGAAACAAACGUGAAAACAGCCGCUGAUGUCACUGACGGUGAGUCAGUGGCUCAGAUAUUUCGGGGGCCUUUACCGGACCUUUUGAAAGAAGACCCCACUCCAGUGUCUGUGACGCAGAAGGACCCGUUUGAAGGCAUGAAGCCAGGAUGCACCAAGGUGGCCACACCUCUCCCUGAACUCAUCCCAGUGUUUGUAGAAGCAGUUAAUACAGAGCAAGAACCUGAGCCAGAUGUUUCUGAUCAAACUGACACCUCUCUGGUUAAAAUCACCCCUGAUUUACCAAACCUGGUGUCAACCACUCCAGCUCCAGCUGUCCCAGAAUCCCCUGCUCCAGUGUCCCCUGCCCUGACUUCAACUGUCCCAAAAUCCCCUGCUCCAUUGUCCCCUGCCCUGACAUCAACUGUCCCAAAAUCCCCUGCUCCAUUGUUCCCUGCCCUGACUUCAACUUUCCCAAAAUCCCCUGCUCCAGUGUCCCCUGCCCUGACAUCAACUGUCCCACAAUCCCCUGCUCCAGUGUCCCCUGCCCUGACUUCAACUGUCCCAAAAUCCCCUGCUCCAUUGUCCCCUGCCCUGACUUCAACUGUCCCAAAAUCCCUUGCUCCAGUGUCCCCUGUCAUGACUUCAACUGUCCCAGAAUCCCCUGCUCCAUUGUUCCCUGCCCUGACUUCUACUGUCCCAAAAUCCCCUGCUCCAUUGUUCCCUGCCCUGACUUCUACUGUCCCAAAAUCCUCUGCUCCAUUGUCCCCUGCCCGGACUUCAACUGUCCCAAAAUCCCCUGCUCCAUUGCCCGCCGUCCUGACUUCAACUGUCCCAAAAUCCCCUGCUCCAGUGUCCCCUGUCCUGACUUCAACUGUCCCAAAAUCCCCUGCUCCAGUGUCCCCUGUCCUGACUUCAACUGUCCCAAAAUCCCCUGCUCCAUUGUUCCCUGCCCUGACUUCAACUUUCCCAGAAUCCGUUGCUCCAGUGUCCCCUGUCCUGACUUCAACUGUCCCAAAAUCCCCUGCUCCAUUGUCCCCUGCCCAGACUUCAACUUUCCCAGAAUCCCUUGCUCCAGUGUCUACAGUAACAACGAUCACAGUGGUGACAGAACCUAUACCUGAACCUGAAGAAGAACCUGAACCACAAUCUAAACCUUCUCCCAUGACAAGCUCCAGAGUUGACAUGCUCGCUGCCUUCUUCGACACUCUCGUUCCCUCUGCCACAAGUUCAACCAGUCUCAAGGAUGAUGAGCCAGAGCUGGCAAAGGAACAAGGAGGCUCAGCAGACAGCCGCACCACAGAGAGCAGAGCUGCGGAGGAGCCCGCUCCAGUUCUCAAUAACUCUGAGCCAAUGACAGACGAACUCCUGGCAUUCGAUGAUGGUCCACAGGAGGCAGCAGAGCCUGUUCCCCCCAGCCCAGGACGCUGGAGUCAGGAUCUGCUCAGUGGAUUUGAUAGUGAGCCAGACCCGGCGAAGACCAGCGGCGCCCUGGAUCUCCUGGCUACUGAUGUGAUUCCAAUCAACACAGAGACACGCAGCCUCAGCGUGCAGCGAGAGGAGGAGAAGCAGACAGAUGAGACAGCAGGAGAAACACAAAGCCUCACAGAGACCGUCACUAUAACCACCAGGACUGUGAUUAUUACUGACCAAAGUGAAGAGGACAAAGCAGAUCCCUGGAGCUCACAUGUGACAACAGUAGUUACUGAAUCGAGCUCGGCUGAUCCGUUUGAUCCAUAUCCGAUAGGGACCACAUCCCCUAACAGCUCCUCUGACCUGUUCCAGCCCCUCGCAGAUAUUUCCAUCAACAGCGCUCCAACCACGUUCAUGGAGAACAAAGAUCCGAGUCCAGAAACACAUAUUAGUGGCAAUGCACUGAAAUCCCCUGCAAACGACAUCGACGACAUCAACACUCACACCACCAGUCUCAGCACUCAGCGGUCAUGGGCACGCACAUGGGACACCAUCACACCUCAGCAGGCCGGCACAGAGGAGAGCCAAGAGGCCGAACCGGAGGACCAAGCUGGAGACCAACAGACGAUGAUCAUGUUCGAGAGAAAGUCCAAGGAGAACGACUCCCCAUGGGACAGGUGGACAUCCCCCACUGUCUAUACUAUCACUACAGAAGGGGAAGAGGAGGAGGAGGAAGAGGAGGAGGAGGAGGAGGAGGAGGAGGAGGAGGAGAGCCCCGAGGAUACACUCACAGAGACAGUCACAACCGUCACCACCAUCAGGGAGAUACACGGUGAGCCAGAGCCCGCUAUGGAUCGUUAUGAAACCUACUCCAGGUCGGUGACUGAAGAAGAGCGCCCGGUCCAAACACCAGAGCCUGAGACCAAAAAGCCGUUUGUGUAUGUGAAGGAAUACGUCAAUACCUCGGAGCUGUCCUUGCAUAACGCCAGAGAUGAAAUCAAUAGUGGGUCGGAUUAUUUGACAUCGAGCUCCACCAGUUACUCUUACAGCAGCCCCUCCACGUACGCCAGCGGCUCACUGUCAUCCAGCUGUACGUUCUGCGGCGAGCUUGUGGGCAAUGAUGCUAAGAUCACCAUUGAGCACCUCAAUAUCAACUGUCAUCCCGCCUGCUUCAAGUGUGGUGUGUGUAAUAAGGAUAUGGGCGACCUUCUCUUCAGCAUGUUCCUACACGGAGGGAAAGUCCACUGCGAGGGCUGCUACUCCAAAGCUUUAGACUGAUUGUCUGAGCUCUUCAGCGUCCUCUUAUCCUCGUCCCCCUUCCCUUCAUGUUCAUUUGCAUAUAAAGUGAGAACUGUGCUUUAGCGAAAAUGUUGGACUGUGUUCAGUUUGAACCUUGCUGUGGUUUAGGGUGAUCAAAGAGACUGUCAUAGUGAACAAUAUGAUUUCUUUAGCUUCCAUUAGGUUAAAUUUCUAAUUUCUCAAACAUGUUAUACAAGCUUGUGUUUGUUUGUUUCUUCCUUGGUGGUGAAAGCUGUAUCUUCCUCAGUAGACUAUGAAGGAUAUGCCUGUACAACAUGCUGUGCUAUAUAUAACUGUGAACAGGCAAGUGGGGUGCAAUAUUAUGAUUUAGCUUUUUGAGUAGUUAUAUGCAAGAUGAUGACUUUGUUACAUGUUUACUUCCUUUGUUCUUCUUGAUACAAAACAGUGUGUUCACAUAUAUGAUGCUUUGUUAACAAAAUAAAGUGAUUUAUAUGAGCAUGGUAAAAAA